AGUGGAUCACGGCUUUGGCACGGCGGCUCUCUUCCCCUACCUCUCGUCCUCCUCCUUCUGUUCUUCCUGAUCCCCAAACCUUGUAUCUCCAUUGGUGUUGCUUGUAAUCAAAGCUUGUAUCCAAUAGAUAUUGAGAGAGAGAUCUGGUUCCUUACACCGUGCAAACAUCAGAGAGGUCGAGCGCGAGCAGCAGCGGAUGGAGUGGGCCAAGCGCGAGCAGCAGCAGACGAAGGUCGCGGGUCAGGGGUAUGGGGGAGGAGGUCCCUCGCGUUCUUGCUCCGGCGGAAGCCCGCGGCCCAUGGAUUCCGGCGGGAAAUUGACCACAUGCGCGGUGGGAGGUGGUGGUGGAGUGGCGGAUGACGAGGCUCGCCGCCGAGCUAGACAGUAUGGCGCUGUGCUCAGCGGAGGCUGCCGUGCGCGGGCACGGCGGGGGUGUGGCGGCGCGGCGGGUGCAGCAGGUCGUAGUGGCCAAGGUGAGCCGACUGCUCGUGGGGUCCGUUGGUGUGCGGUGUGCCCUGUUUCCGCUGUCAAUGCGCUCGUCCGCUCUGACGGACUUGAGCUUCUCCUGCAACUCCAUAAGCUCGUGGCGCGUCCUCGACCUGGCAGCCGGCGGAUAUGGAGUCCCUGUAUGCAAGUAUAUGCAGGGGGGUGAAUUACAUUGUGUAGUUGCUCAGACAUCCAAGGCAAAUCAUAAUUUUGGAUGCAUAUUUUGUUCUGCAAUAGUGCUUUUUUGCUGAAGAUCUUACACAAGUCUGAAUAAUACACUUUUUGUUGUACAAGGUAUAUAACUGAAUUUCCCGCGUGUUAUAUAAGCGUGUGGUUGACUACAUAAGUGCAUGAUCCCCGUAGUGUUAAUUUAGGUGCAGAUGAUGGCAGAUUCGAGUCUAAAACUUAUGUUUUAGUACUACAUCUAUAUAAUAGCCACAACAACUUCAUUA